UUGGUUGUAAAUCAGCUGUUUGCUACCUGCUACUGCUCUUUCAGUACCAGCUGUUCAGCAGUAAGUAGUGUGCUUGUGCUGUAGGAAAGAAGAGCAGACUAGAACAGUAGUUUCCUAUGUAUUCUCUCAGUCAUUCUCUGUGUGUAACGGGCUUCGUGUAACAGGGAGCUGCUGUCAUGUGAAGCCGGAGCUGAGCUCAGACAAGCGGCUGUGUGCUGCUCUUUGUCGGAGAGAUGAGCUUGUGUCUGCUGGAUGAGGAGAACUUCCAUCAGUGCUGUCAGCUCCUCCUGCAGCAGUCGGAUGAGCUUAGAGACGGCUGGAGCUGGGAGCCAAUCCAGGGCACAGAGGAGGGCUACCUGAGGAAGACUGCUCUCAGAUCAGUCAUUAUUGAUGCAAGCAUAAAGUGGGACCAGGAAGUAUCCAGGUCAGACUCAGAAACUCACACUUCUUGUGACUCUGGGCCUGAUCAACAGAAACAGUGUGCUCUGGCUGCUCCCAGUGAUGCUGACAUCAUCGCAGGCGACAUAGAUGAAAAUGAUGAAGACGAUGGCGUGUGUGCGGUGUCUGCAGGUAGCAGCCAGGUGCUUCAGUAUGAGUAUCACAUCGUGUACUCCUGCAGCUACAGCAGUCCUGUGCUCUAUUUCAGAGCCUGCACUCUGGAGGGGAGGAGUCUGUCUUUAGAGGAGGUGUGGAGCUCUGUCCAUCCAAACUUUAGGCUUCAACUCCAGCACAGCCCUCUGAACACCAUCACACAGCAGGAGCAUCCUCUGCUAGGUCAACCUUUCUUUAUGCUCCACCCCUGUAGAACAGAGGAAUUCAUGAGGCCUGUACUGCAGGCGGCUCAGGACCAACACAGGACAGUGAACUACAUUCUGACAUGGCUCAGUGUGGUGGGUCCUCUGGUGGGUUUGGACAUUCCUCUGCAGUACUCCGUCCAGCUCCAUCAUGCAGCUUCACCCAGCAGCUCCAAGCCAGACUGACACUCCAGAUGCUCUGCUUCACUCUCUAUCAUCAUGACUGUCAGGCCCACAUCUCUUUGUAUAGAGCUCCGGGCCCUUACAGGUUAAUCCAGCCAUGCCCGACAUCAUAGUGUGUACUCAAAGUAUAUUUUCUCUACCUGUUGUUUCCAUCAGUUUUUAAUGACAGGGAUAUACAAAGAACACACACUAGAUGCCACAUCCUGCACAGACCCUGUAAACAUCCCAUAGAAUAAAUAAUUUAUACAACAGCUGUAUAAACUAUGUGUACUCUACUCUGUCAGUGUAAGGGUAGUAAAGAUGUUUGUUGGUUAUCAUUUCCACUUUGUACAGAGCGGUAAAUGAAGUUACCAACUGCAAACACAGUGCAGUGGUUAGUAAUGUUAGAAUACUUAUUUAACUAUUAAUAAUUAUGUGUUAUGGGAUGGGGACAAGUUGCACACACUGCUUGUUUUACUAGCAGUCUGUGUCCUCUCACACACAAUGCAGCAUGCACUGCAUAUCAAGCAUUUCAUCCUCAGGCCUCUCUGUGCAGAAUGAUGUUUGAGCAGAUUUUUGUUCUCAUGUAAAUCUACUGGAAUCCAUAGUUUCUCCGCGCUCACCUUCAUUCUCAGUAUAAGGGGUGUACAUAUGAACAUGAUGUGUAACAUCACAGCUAGUUUGGAGCUGAACGUGGACCAAAAUGCAACUUACACAAGUGUGAUGUGGAAAGUUGAAGUCUCCAGUACACGAACACUGAGAAUGGACUUUACAGUGAAGUGAUUUUUCAAUGAGGGAGAAGGACGAGAUCAUUGUUUUACAAGAUAACGUUUUUGUAAAAAGCAAAUGCAUAAAUAAAAACAUGUUAUUAUGUUAUGUUAUGUUUGUUACAACUGUAAAAUUGACACUUAAAGCGCAACCUUUUACAUAAUGUUCACUAUAAGUAUC